AUGGCUUCAACAAAUAUUGAAAAUACAAACGACAAUACUACGACAUCAGUUGAUCAACAGGCAUCAACAACAAAAAGUGUACCAAUAUAUGAUGCCUCUUCAUCUCAUCAACAUUCUCAUUCAUGUAAUGAUCCAUCUCAUCAUCAUCAUCAUCCAUUAUUUUUUGAUCAAACUGAUGAACAUUCAUCGGCAACAGGUGCCAAAAAUGAAAUGUUAAUGAAACGAAAGGCUAAGAAAACUCAAAAACAAGAUGUAACACGUACUGAACUCAUCCCAGGUCAUCAAGGUGAUAAAAAUAUAGAUGAAUUGCUCAAUUUUAUUAAUGGACCAUCAUCAACAAGCAACACUAAUAAUAGUAAAAAAUCAAAAAAGAAAUCAACAACAAACAAUUAA